AACCUUCUUAUCAUGCAUCUUUCGUCUCUCUUUACAACCGUCCUUGUGGCCCUGGCCGCUGUUCAUCCCGCAAGUGCACAAUUGCCGGCCUCGAGUGGACCCUCGUACUCACCUGCAAGACCCCCCGCAAUUCCAUUGGCAGUGCGCGGUCCGUACACGAAUGCCUGGUCGUCGACUUCCUACAAUGGUACCUUAAAUACCAACGGAGUUGUCUUCUGGCCAGGAAAUGCACUGGGCUGGGAGGGCAUGGUCACGGUAGAUGGAGUCACGUAUGAAUAUCUUGGGACGGGAUCUCAAGGCCUGCCAGCCUUAUCCACUCUCAAGUCUGCAACUCCAUUGACCGUUUCGUAUGAUUCGCAGUACUCGAAUUUUACGUUCGCGGCUGGUCCUGUUGAGUUGACUGCGAGCUUCCUGUCCCCAGUUUUGCCGAAGGACUUAUGCCGUACCAGCAUCCCAUUGUCUUAUCUGACAGUUACUGUCAGAUCUACAGACAAUGCAACCCACAAUGUGCAGCUGUAUAAUGAUCUGAACGGGGCUUGGAUCUCGUAUGAGAAUAACCGAACUCUGGAAUGGGCCAUGUAUCAAGGAUCAACUUCAAUCAACGGCAGCUCUAGCUCCGGAAAAGGUUCAGCCCCGCACACUUGGCUAUACGCUCUUCAGGAGCCCUAUCUGUUUGGUGAGAACUACCAGUUUCCCCAAUGGGGAAAUUUUACUUUCAGUUCUGCUCAAGGCGGCGCGCAGAAUAUGACCUACGGGUCAGGAUAUUCAGCUAAUGUUCGCUAUCGCUAUCUAAUUUCGCACUCACUGCGGAAUAACGUCGACGGAGAGUUCAGAGGUUGGGGGGAGCAAGAGCCUGUGUUCGCCUUCUCUCACGAUCUGGGCUCUGUCACAGGCAAUGCAUCUGCCGCGGUCACGUACACGCUUGGAUCUGUUCAGGACCCCAUCAUGCGAUAUCUCACAUCCUCGGGAAUCGUUUCUUUGAAGCCUUGGUGGUCAAAGUGCUACGGAGAUAUCUUCUCGAUGAUCGCCUUCCACUACGAUGAUCUUGCUCAGUCCCAGAAAUUAGCAUCUCAGUGGGAAGCUCAACUGAAGUCGGACGUGAAGUCUUACUACAGGGCCAAUCCAGCACCUGCUCCAUCAACUCAAUUAUCGCCAAGCCAGAUCAUCUUCGACUCCGACGACGCUUAUGGCUAUUUAAACACGAACAAUUACACCGGUGUUGCUGCUCCCACUGUAUCUGAGGCUCAAGCGUACUACAGCAUCGUUGCAUUGUCUGCUCGUCAGGUAAUGGGAGCUUAUAUAUUAGCCAUCCCUCCCCAAAGCACGUCCUUUACCAGACAAAAUUCCUCAGAGCCACUCAUGUUCCAGAAAGAGAUCUCCAGUGACGGAAAUGUAAACACCGUAGAUGUGAUGUAUCCAGCUAUGCCCUUCUUUCUCUAUGCAAAUCCCAAUCUCCUCAGGUAUAACCUGGAGCCUCUCUUACAGAACCAAGAAUCCAACUUCUACCCCAACGAGUACAGCAUGCAUGAUCUCGGGAGCUCCUUUCCCAAUGCCACAGGUCACGUGGAAGGAAACGACGAGUACAUGCCUGUCGAAGAGUCUGGGAAUAUGAUCCUCAUGGCUUACGCCUAUGCGAAAUUCAACAAUGAUACCUCGUACCUCCAAUCACACUACCCGCUCCUAAAGCAGUUUUCCAACUACCUGACGGAAUACUCGCUCCUGCCAGGCGUGCAGCUCAGCACCGAUGAUUUCGCCGGCGAGCUCGUCAAUCAGACCAACCUCGCCCUCAAAGGCAUCGUCGGCCUGGCCGCUAUGCGCGAAGUCGCCACUCUCACAGGUCACUUCUCCGACGCCUCCAACUUCUCCGCAACCGCCAACGACUUCAUCAAAGCGUGGCAGACGUAUGCCAUCGACCCCUCUGGGACACACACGGUACUAUCCUACCAGUACCGCGCCUCCUACGGACUCCUGUACAACGCCUACCCGGACCUCCUCCUAAACCUAUCCAUCGUACCCCCGCACAUCCUGGCCAUGCAAUCCGCCUUCUACCCGACGAUCUCGCAGAUCUUCGGCGUGCCCCUGGACAGCCGCCACGAGUACACUAAGAGCGACUGGGAGAUGUGGGCUGCGGCGACGUGUGCGCCGGGCACGCGCAGCCUCUUCGUCACGUCGUUGGCGGCCUGGCUCAACGCGACGGAGACGGGAUUGCCGUUUUCGGAUCUGUAUGAUACGACGGAUGGAGAGGCGCCGCAGAAUCCGAAUAUUGAGUUUAUGGCAAGGCCGGUGGUGGGCGGCCAUUUUAGCUUGUUGGCUUUGCGGGCCGGUAAGGGGCCGGUGGGCUCGUGAGGGGGAGGGCGGGGAGGAGAUAGGGGAAACGAGGUAUGCGUAGGUAAUGAUUAUGACGGUGGGAAGGGCAUUUAAUAAGUAUUGUAAUCAGCCAUCAAGUUAUGAUAAUGACACCUGAUAUGAUCUGAGUUCUUUGGUUUGUCAGAGUAUCUUCUAUUCCUCUGAUUUAACCCUUAUACCCAAUUUGAACCGUCGAACACCGCCCAUCCGCAUAAUGCCAGGAUAUUCCUACAAGUGCUCCAA